CCUCACAAACGUUUGCAGAUCGCUCACGAGGCUCCCACUCACCGCUAGGCAUGAGGCAUGACCAGUCGAGGAGAAAGUCUUGGCUCAUGUGCACCUAUCGUCGAGCAACCAUCGUGAGGUCAUGUCAGCCUCUGUUGCACCGCGCUCUCCGGAUCCGACUCCCACGGCUCGGUGCAUGAUGAGCCCUCUCCCUGUAUGGAGCAACGUCGUAAUCUCCCGGAUGAGCAAUUCCGCUGCUGCAGACCACGACCUCGUCUCGUGAUCGAGCAGUAUGUCCGACUCGGAGCUGUGCAUUGCGCUGAGCGUGAUGCCGCCUGUCCGGUGAGGCCCAUCAAAACUGUCAUCGUCUCCGACUUGGUCCAGCACGCCGCAUUUAUUGCUAUCGCAACAAUGUCACUUCGGCCCCAUGUCUUCAUGGACGAGGCUCAAUACCGAUCCGCAGCUACGAUACACUAUGGAUUCAACAUUGCCAUUCCUCCGAACACCUCAUCUUACGGCUAUGGCAACUAUCGUACCGCGUCCUACACCGACCCUACCUCGGACUGGUAUGCAGGAGAUGCAGCUUGGCAGCAGCGCAUCCGCCAAAUCUACCUGGAACAGAGCGGCGCGAGGUGGUAUACCGAUCGCAUGAUACAACGGUACAUACCUUAUGCAAACAACAGUACAUGCCCGUCCGAUAUAGGAGCAGUCUGACCAGCCGUGUACAGCGCCAAUCUUAAAGCCGCCAUCGCCAAUGGAGCCAUCAUGUGGCAUCCCAGCACUCUGGUCUAUGUACAGCCCAUGCUCGGUCCCACAGGCUCAUGUCCUCCCGGCUUUACUGAUCGGAGACAUGUCCACGAUCUUCUCCAAAUGAGCAAUGCGGAACUCCGACGUAUCAUGAUGGCAUAUAAUCUGUUGCCUGGCCGGGCACCCUACGUCUUUGCCCUUCGAGACGAACUUCUCGCGCGACGCUUUGGCUAUCCCGGCCUGGAAACGCAUCGCAUUGCUAAUCUGAUUGCCCUGUUUGACUAUCUUGGUGCUCAUCGAGUCGCGGGACAAUUGCGCUUGCAAGCGGCUUGAGAAUUGAUAGCAUCGCAUUGGUGGACUAUUGAAUGUACACAUUUCGUCACUUCUUCUUAGUCGACGAGGUUCUUUUAUUGCGUCCACGAUGGAACGAUUACUACUUUGGCCUAUGCUGGAUAACGUUACCAAACAAACAGGGUAGUCAUAGGAGCAUGCGUAUCUAUGGAUAGCCCUCCUUUAGCUCCGCAAAUACUGCUUUCCC